AUGGCUACCAGACCACCUCACACCCGCACCGCCUCUACUAACCUCGGUGGCUCUGGUCAGCGCAUCCUCGAGGGACGGACGGCCAUUGUAACUGGAGCCUCUAGAGGGAUCGGUGUUGAGGUUGCCCGCAACUUGGCCAGCAAAGGCUGCAAUGUCGUCAUCAACUACACGUCCGACUCGUCUACCCAAACCGCCCAAGACCUCGCCUCCGAGCUCGAAGCUGAAUAUGGAGUCAAGGCUAUCAGCGUGCAAGCGAGCAUGGGAUCGGAGAAUGGACCAAAACAUCUGGUGGAAGUGACCAAGAACAACUUCCAACACCCCAAGACGGGCAAGUUCCAGCUGGACAUCAUCAUCAACAAUGCUGGUGUGGCGGGGAACAACUAUGUUGAAAAUGUCGACUGCGAGGACUUCGCGAGACAAUACAACAUCAACGUGCGAGGACCACUGCUGCUUGUGCAAGCCGCUCACCCAUAUCUGCCAAAUGACCGCUCCGGACGAAUCAUCAACCUCUCCUCUGUCAGCUCCUCGCUCGGAUACAAGGGCCAAUCCAUCUACGGCGGAACCAAGGCGGCGCUUGAAAGUAUGACCCGUACUUGGUCUCGCGAGCUUGCGGAGCGAUGCACUGUCAAUGCAAUCAACCCCGGCCCCGUCGCAACUGAUAUGUACUGGAGUAACGACGACGCUUUCAUUGCCCAGAACAAGCCUUUCAUCGAGAACACUCCGCUUGCGGCGCCAAGAAAGGGCAUUGACCCAGACAGGAUCUACGAGGCUUCGCAGAAUGCUGGAGGACGACCAGGCUACAGCGAGGAGGUUGCAGGCGUUGUCGGCAUGCUUUGCUUGCCCGAAGCUGGAUGGACCACGGGCAGCGUCAUUUGCGCAAACGGUGGUAUGAAGUUCAGCUUCUAGAUGAUAGUGAAAUAAUCUGUAGAAGCACCUUCUAGUAAACUAUGCCAGCUGUACAUAUUGUAUGUCAUUAGACAGCAACAAGUAUAUAUACGAAUGGAUUAUACCAUACCGACCCA